AUGUCAGCCAUAACGAAGUCUUUGAGUAUAAUGGCUCGCCGCGGGCCGCGGAAGUCAGCUCUUGGCCACACUCGUCACUUGGCAACCGUCACAGACCACAACCUCGCCCGGAUGGCUGCCACAAUGCCCCCGGGACACAAAGCCACAGUAGCUCAGCUUGAGACAUUUGCACUUCCUGAGCGUGUCACCGGCAGCCCUGGCGAUCGCGCCAUGGGGAAAGCUCUGGUUGAUGCUUGGCGCCGUGAUGGUAUCCUCCAAGUCUCAAUGAACGACAAGCAACAGCACAUCUUCAAUGAAGCCACGGCCUCAAGCAAGGCAUUCUUUGCCAAACCCCAUGACGAGAAGGCCGCAUGUGUUGAUUCUCAAAGUUACUCGGGAUAUAUCGCCUCAGGCGAGGAAAUAACCGAUGGCAUUGCCGACUAUUCUGAGAUCUUCACCGUCACUAAAGACCUAGAUCUCGCUGAACCCCGCGUUCGCGCAAAGUGGCCCUGUCACGGCCCGGCCCCUUGGCCCGACUACGAAAUGAAACAGCCCAUGACUACUUAUAUGGACUACCUUGGGGAAAGUGGAGAGAAGUUGCUCCAGCUUGCUGAGCUAGGCCUGAAUGUGCCCGCCGGCUCCCUCACGAACCUGACUCAGGACGGCUGGCAUCACAUGCGUAUUCUCAGAUUCCCUCCUACACAUAACACAAACGGCAAGGGCAAGGCUGGACGUGGUAUCGGCUCUCACACAGACUAUGGUCUGUUGGUGAUUGCUGCUCAAGAUGAUGUUGGUGGCCUCUUCAUCCGUCCCCCAUACGAAGGUGAAAACUACGCAAACUGGGAAAAGAGCUCAGCUGGAAUGGCGGAGGAGGACGACCGCUGGCACUACGUGCCCCCUGUUCCCAACGUCUUCACAGUCUUCCCUGGUGACAUCAUGCAGUACAUCACCAACUCUUAUCUGCCCUCCACUCCCCACAAGGUCGGCCUGAACACCCGCGAUCGUUUUGCUUUCGCCUACUUCCAUGAGCCCAGCUUCCAAGCUGUUGCCAAACCUCUGCCAGGCUACGAUGUUGGCCAGUCUCCCAAGGAGGGCAUUCACUACGGCACUCACUUCACCAACAUGUUCCUAAGGAAUUACCCUGAGAGGAUCACUACUAAGAGAAUGUAUGCGGAGAAUCGCCUUGCACUUCUUGAAAAGGAUGGGCUUCGAUCCCAUUCUUCGCAGGUCAAUACCGCGAAUAGAGUGGUUGCAAACGCUGAGUAG